AUGUCGGCCGACAACGCCAAAGAAACCGUAUUCAUCACAGGCGCCACAGUUGGUUUAGGCAGACUCACUGCAAAGAAACUGAUUGAUUUGGGCCACAAAGUCAUUAUCUCGGGUCGCUCCGAGAAGAAAUUGCAAGAUGCAUACACCUUUAUCCUUGCCGACUCUCCUCAACAUAAAGAAAAUUUGUACAGUGUCACUUUGGAUCUUAUUGAUCUCAAAACCAUAAAAGCUGCCGUAGAAACGAUUGAGUCAUUUGGCAUUGACAUUGACGUUUUGGUGAACAAUGCAGGUGGCACUCUUACAAAGUUUCAACAAACAAACCCAGGCAUUGAGGACACUAUCUUUAUGAACGCAGUGGGCCCUCUGUAUUUAACCAAGCUCUUGGUUCCAAUUAUUGAAAAGAGCCAACAUCCCAACAAGCGCAUUCUGUUUGUAGGCUCGUCUAUUCACAAUCCCAAUUCUAAAGGUGGAGGAAAUAACGAGGCCACCAAAAUCCCUCAUGAUGUCGAUAUACAAACCAUCAUUAAAGACAAGGCACACUGGGAGUCCAUGAGAUACUACAAGCUAUCAAAGUUGGCAUCCUUGUGGGACGCAUUUCUGAUUGCAGACAAAUAUCCACAGUUGACCACGCUUGUUUUCUGUCCUGGAUUUGUGCCUACCACUGAUCUCAUCCGAAACUCAGGCUAUCUGGUCAGAAUGACACUCAAGUAUGUUAUCUCCAAAUUCAACUUUACCACUAGCGAACAAGACGCCACCGAUGGCUACCUCUAUUACAUUACCACGCCUGGCACCAAUCUCAAAUCAGGCGGAUACUACGAAAAGAAACAGGAAUCUACACCGUCAGACGAUGCCAUGAACAAAGCUAAACAACAAGAAUUCUGGGAUCUCGCCAUGCAAUCGAUCGAUGCAUUGACUUAA